GUCAAAUGAGUGAGUGAAAUACAUUUUGCUUAUUUCCAGUAGUUCUAAUUUUUUGGAUUAAAACUGUGAUUAAAACGGUUAAAUGAACGUUUAUAAUCGGUUCAAUUUUGUGGAAUUUAAUUGUGAUAUAAAUUCAAGAUUUUUCAAAGGAUAACUCUCGGUGCAGUCAAGUAAAAACUACUUUCGGUCUAUCGAUUUUCAGAAACGGUGCGGUAGUAAAUGAACAGUAUUAUUUGUUAUUGAGCCUAUAAGAAAGCUUAAAUACCAUCAAAAUGACUGACUCAAAGUAUUUCACUACCACCAAGAAAGGGGAGAUCUUUGAGUUGAAGUCGGAACUAAAUAGUGACAAGAAGGAAAAAAAGAAAGAAGCAGUGAAAAAGGUCAUAGCAUCCAUGACAGUUGGUAAAGAUGUCUCUGCUCUAUUCCCCGAUGUUGUCAACUGCAUGCAAACAGACAACUUGGAGUUGAAGAAGCUUGUCUAUUUGUAUUUGAUGAACUACGCCAAGUCUCAGCCCGACAUGGCUAUAAUGGCCGUUAACACUUUUGUCAAGGACUGCGAGGAUUCGAACCCGUUGAUACGGGCGCUGGCAGUCCGGACGAUGGGUUGCAUUCGAGUGGACAAGAUCACGGAGUACCUGUGUGAGCCUCUCCGCAAGUGCCUUAAGGAUGAAGACCCGUAUGUCAGGAAGACGGCGGCGGUGUGUGUGGCGAAGUUAUACGACAUAUCGUCCAGUAUGGUAGAAGAUCAGGGUUUCCUAGACCAGCUGAAGGAUCUAUUGAGCGACUCCAAUCCCAUGGUUGUGGCGAACGCCGUCGCCGCGCUGUCGGAGAUUAACGAAGCCAGCGUGUCGGGACAACCCCUUGUUGAAAUGAACGCGCCAACGAUCAACAAGCUCCUAACUGCCUUGAACGAGUGCACGGAGUGGGGUCAAGUGUUCAUCCUGGACGCGCUAUCCAACUACUCUCCGCGUGAUGCUCGCGAGGCGCAUUCUAUUUGCGAGCGAAUCACGCCUCGCCUGGCCCACGCUAACGCUGCCGUCGUGCUCUCCGCCGUCAAGGUGCUCAUGAAGCUAAUGGAGAUGGUAGCGGAAGACACGGAGCUGGUCAGCACGCUGUCCCGCAAGCUGGCGCCGCCGCUGGUGACGCUGCUGAGCGCGGAGCCCGAGGUGCAGUACGUGGCGCUGCGGAACAUCAACCUCGUGGUCCAGAAGCGCCCCGACAUCCUCAAGCACGAGAUGAAGGUGUUCUUCGUGAAGUACAACGACCCUAUCUACGUGAAGCUGGAGAAGCUGGACAUCAUGAUCCGCCUGGCCUCGCAGGCGAAUAUCGCGCAAGUGCUGGGAGAGCUCAAGGAGUAUGCUACUGAGGUGGAUGUGGAUUUCGUGAGGAAGGCUGUGAGAGCCAUCGGCAGAUGCGCUAUCAAGGUGGAGCCCUCAGCGGAACGGUGCGUAUCUACCCUCCUAGAACUGAUCCAGACCAAAGUGAACUAUGUAGUGCAAGAGGCCAUAGUGGUGAUCAAGGACAUCUUCCGCAAGUACCCCAACAAGUAUGAGAGUAUCAUCAGUACGCUUUGCGAGAACUUGGAUACGUUGGACGAACCCGAGGCUAGGGCGUCGAUGGUGUGGAUCGUGGGCGAGUACGCCGAGCGUAUUGACAACGCAGACGAAUUGCUCGACUCCUUCCUAGAGGGCUUCCACGAUGAAAACGCUCAGGUCCAGCUGCAAUUGCUGACGGCAGUGGUGAAGCUGUUCUUGAAGCGGCCUGCAGAUACGCAAGAGUUGGUACAGCACGUCCUCAGCCUCGCAACGCAAGAUGCCGACAACCCAGACCUCAGGGACCGCGGCUUCAUCUACUGGCGUCUGCUAUCCACGGACCCGGCGGCGGCCAAGGAGGUGGUUCUGGCCGACAAGCCGCUCAUCUCCGAAGAGACUGACUUGCUGGAGCCCACGCUGUUGGAUGAGCUGAUCUGUCACAUCAGCUCCCUGGCGUCUGUGUACCAUAAGCCGCCUACAGCGUUUGUUGAAGGACGCGGCGCGGGCGUUCGCAAGUCGCUGCCGGCGCGCGGUGCGUCAUCCGGCGAAGCGGCGGCCGCGUUGCCUACUGUCAUACCCAACCAGGAGUCUCUGAUCGGCGACCUACUGUCGAUGGACAUCGGCGCGCCCGCGCCCGCGCCCGCUCCCGCCGCAAGCGCUGACCUGUUAGCUGGAGGCCUCGACGUUCUUCUGGGCGGUCCGGCGGCUGACACGAGCGCAUCGGCCAAUACAACGGGAUUGCUAGGCGACAUAUUCGGCGUGUCGGCGACGCCCGCCUCCUACACGCCGCCCAAGCAGUGCUGGCUGCCCGCCGACAAGGGAAAAGGACUGGAAAUCUGGGGCAGCUUCGGCCGGCAGAACGGCCAGCCGCGCAUGGAGAUGACGUUCACCAACAAAGCCAUGCAGGCCAUGAGCGGGUUCGCCAUACAGCUCAACAAAAACAGCUUCGGCGUGUACCCAGUAGGCGGGUUAGCAGUGGGCGCGCUGGCGGCGGGCGCGAGCGCCGAGGCCGCGCUGCCGCUCGCCACCACCGGGCCGGUGCAGCGGAUGGAGCCGCUCAACAACCUGCAGGUAACACACCACCACCACUCCACCCCCCUUCCCCCUUCAUUAGUUUCUGUAGGUUAUGACACGCUCGGCAUACGCGGCCUGGAAAUCUGGGGCAGCUUCGGCCGGCAGAACGGCCAGCCGCGCAUGGAGAUGACGUUCACCAACAAAGCCAUGCAGGCCAUGAGCGGGUUCGCCAUACAGCUCAACAAAAACAGCUUACUUUCACACUUCUGUCUAUCAUUAUCAGCAGCAAUGGAGGUUGAAGAAAUAUAUCUAGCACAAGUUGAAAUAAAUGAAGCAAUCAAUAAAAUACUUACCAACUACAAAAAAGACGGCCCCGACCGUAAAACAGCAGACUACUUCAAACGGCGUUUAGAUACAUUGGAAGCAUAUUGGCAAGUACCUCAGGUAUUCAAGCACGAGCACAGCAGGAUAGGAAAGCAACAGAAGAAGAUCAUUCAGGUCAGUCAGUAG